CUCCAGCUACGCGAAAUGAGCGAAUAGCGCGCUCAGUAUCGUUUCUACUGUCGUAUAAGUGAUAUUCGCGCGUCCGCUUUACGAUCGAAAAGUCACGUUGUCGUCGUAAUGGGGAAAGCAUAGAGGCUCACAAGACUUUUUUGUGUUUACCACCAAAUACGCAUGGUUUGAACGAUGGCAAUGGACUUUCAAAGUGCAAUGGAGACGUUUGCGGAAGCCUGGGUAGCUGCCAGCAUUAAGGGAGCACCAAUCUCUGAAGUUACCAGUCAGAACCAAGCAUUGGCCUUGACGCGAAGCAGCAAGACGCCACCUUCUUCGGCAACCGGCAGGACUAGCAGAGACUCUGCAGAACGAGCAUCAACACCUACACCUGCAUUAUCAUCCACUCCUCUUGAUAAUACCGUAUCUCCUCAUUCGACCAAAGAGGAAGCAUCUUCAGGAAAAUCCAUACCAGUCCAUUGCAUAGUAGAAGCAAUAUCAGUUUUAGAAGACAACCGAUUCCAACAUGGUGUUUGGAGGCGUAGGCCCAUGGUGGAAACAGACACCUACGUUAUCAUACCAAUUGGUACUCCAUUCCAUAAUCUGGUCCAAGCGGCCUUGUUUCGGCUCGGAUACUCCUCAGAAAGUGCUGCAGCCGCUAAAGGAUCAGUGCUGAUCAAGAAUUGGAAACCGCUGAAUUUUGAUCAGAUAUCCGACGAUCCGUUAGUGACGGUUGGUGAUAUUUUGAGCGAACUUUCAACUGUGGCCACAUUAAGAAUUCAGGUCUUCCGAGGUAAACCCGGCUCGCUCAAUGAUGUCAAGGAUAAGCUUUUACGAUAUCUGCUGCUCCAAUCGCACGGCAUGCUGCUGUCUUCAGGUUGUCCACUCGAUGAGAUGAUUCUCUCUCAGAUCUGCCGAAGUAAUUUAUCGUCAUCGAACUAUCCAGAAAUAUCCGAAGAAAUCAGACGAAAAUUUGAUCUUUGGUGGUCAACGCAAUUCAAUUCGCAAAUGCCACCCAGCAGAUCACAGUUUAUCUCAUCAUAUCCAAGCCAGUAUUCGGUACCACCACAACCAACUCCGCCCAUGGAUCGGCCAAUCUCUGACUCCCAUCCCGCUAUGCAAACAGUGCAUAAUCAUUUUCCAACUCAAAAAACGCGGAUGCGAACCAGCUUUGAUCCCGAGUUAGAGCUUCCGAAGUUACAACGCUGGUUUAACGAAAAUCAACAUCCGAGUCGCCAGCAAAUUCAACAGUACGUCAAGGAGCUCAACAAUUUGGAGUCGAGAAGAGGCAGAAAACCUUUAGACAUCAACAAUGUGGUGUAUUGGUUCAAAAAUGCUCGCGCUGCCCAAAAGAGAGCAGAAGUCCGAAACAUCAAUCCCAAUUUGCAUUUAUCGGUCAACGGAUUUACAAGUCCCAGUCCCACAAAUGGAGGAUUUCUGCUUGGAGAUAGUUAUCUCAACUCCGAACGGCUCACCGACCCAAGAAUGAAAAACAUGCCCAGGCGCGCUCCACACAAUUCCCACACUUCCGAUGAGUUCUCCAAUGUUGGCUCUGAUAUGGAAGAUGACGAAUUAGGCGAAGAUCAAUCUCCCAGCCCCUUAGUUCCGCUUUCACUGACCACGAGCAGAAAAUCGGAAUCUAGGGGGGCCAGCCCGAAGAAUGUGGCAUCACCAUCUCCAGCUCCAGAUAUUCAAAUUGAAAAUUGCGAAGAAGAACCCAAAGACGAACCGGUCAACUAUUCAUCGGGCGACCAUAUCAAUAACAACAAAGUGAUAUACAAAGAUGAAGCUGAUCGUGAAACUGAAGAUGAAAGUAAGAGUCAUUACGAUGACACAACCUCCCCUAGUAGGUCGAUUUCGCAUCGUUUGUCUCCUGAAAUGAGCAAUCAAUUAAUCCCGAGGAACCAUGAGAACCUCGAGCAGCUUGCUGCUUCGGGUUUUCCUUUGGUUCCCAAUACAAUGUUCAGUCAUAACAUAAUGUACAUGAGCCAGUAUAUACCUAGUCUUGCACAUUCAGUACCUUCAAGUUGUUCUAGCGCCUUAAAUAUGUCGAGUUUAACUGUGGAUGAACGGCGUAAACGAAACAGGACUUUCAUAGAUCCAGUAACGGAGGUACCACGUUUAGAGCAAUGGUUUUCAUUAAAUACUCAUCCUUCGCAUAACUUAAUUAUUAAAUAUACCGAUGAGUUAAAUUGUAUGGCUUAUCGGCAAAAAUUUCCACGAUUGGAACCGAAGAAUGUACAGUUUUGGUUUAAGAAUAGGAGAGCUAAAUGCAAAAGACUAAAGAUGUCAUUAUAUGACACUCCUUCUGGUCAGUAUCAUCAUAGUGAUCGAGAUUAAAUAGUGGUUGAUUGUGGUACUUGAAUUUUUUUACUUACAAGUGGUUUGCAAGCAUUGGGAUUUUUACCCCAAAUUAUUUAUUUUUCAACGCUUUUCCUGUCAGCUUCUUUGGUUCAAUGCUUGUCAAAUUACACCGAUCGAAUCGUGAUUUUUACCAAAUAUUUUAAUGUGGUAAUAUUAAGACAAUAAUUUAUACUUGAUUUGUUUGAGUUUAGCUUCCUCACCUUAUAUUUAUGAAGGCAAUGAAGUACAAAUGAUGCUUUUGCGUGUGCCUUCCUUCGUUCAUAUAUCGAAAGCAAUAGUCUUGCAGAGAAAAUCAGUUUUAACUUCGCAUUUAGGGAAAAAAACUUCGGAUUAAUUUGUUGGGCACGUCCUAGUUUUUCUUACGUUUCAGAUGAUUUUCAACACCAAUAUGCAAUAAUAUACGUAGGGCUUGGAAAGUGCCGGUGUGCCAAAUAUGCACUUAGAACGUAUAGCAGUUAUUUUAGUGUAGGUGUCCUCAUUGCUCAAAUUACAUUUUUUAAACUCAACGUCAAAGUGUAUAUAGGCGCACUUCAUGUUUUAGAACCUGCUCUAUUUAUUAGUAUUAGCAUAGUAUUAUGACCCCCAUUUUAGGGAGCUUGGACAUUAUCAUGCAAUUUAGUUAGUUCUGCUGAACCUGAUGAACUUUGUUAUACCAAAGAAUGUACUAAAGUACCACUAGGCCUCUUGCAACAAGAGUAGCCUUUUUCAAAAUUAAUCAGUUUCCCUAGUGGUGUUUUCUUGUUGAUUUCAUAGUUUCAACAUUUGAAUGCCUUCAGUAAAAAAAUCCUCUAAAAAUCAACUUGUGUACUUAAACCUGUAUAUAUGUAGAGUUUAAACAUUCUAGAGCUUAUGCGAGGAUUUUAAAUUACAUGCAACAACAUUUUUUAUGGAUUUUCAUCAAGAUUAAUAUUAAAAGCGCUUGAAUAUGGCUCUAUAUUGUUUGACGUCAUUUAUCAUAAUAUCUAAUAUUCUUAAGCAUUAUUAAAAUAUAUCUUAGAUGUAACCGUCUUUGUGAAUAAAGUGAUGUGUGAUAAGCCA